AUGGUUAACGUUCAUAAGGGUAUAUUGAUAAAAUGGUAAUUGAUUACGUCUUUUACUUUCUUCCUCAAAAGUGAUCCGGCUAUGAAACAGUUUCUAAUCCACUUGUCAGAAAAUCUGAUUCUUGGAACUCAGUUUCUUUACAAUGAUCUGGAUGAGUGCCAUAUCUUCAUUGACCCCGAAGUUCUUCCAAGGCUUCAAGAACAAGUUGAUAACCUGAUGGAGAAAUUGUCCUUUCCCCUUGCUGCUGACGCGGAUUAA